UUUGACCUUUGUUUCAUGAAUUCAAUGAAUAGGGUUAGGGUUGGGGUUUUCCCGCGAAACAGUUACAGUGGAGAACGACGUCGUUCCGCCAAUCGGAUCCUUCCAGAAUUUCACUGCUUUUAGUGAUCAAUUUGGUAAAGAACGAUCAUGGUGGGAUUCAAAAACAGGUACAUGGUUGUGGAAGUUUUCUUGGAUCCCAAUAGAGAACUUGUGGGAGACGAUCCCAUUAUCAUAACCCAAUUCAAUGUCUCAAAGGCAAUCAAAGACAGCAUUCUUGUGAACUUUGGAGAGUGUGGUCUUGCUUCAUCGCUUGGGUCGUUCCAAGUAAAGUAUGUGAAUCCCAUUACAAAGGUUUGCAUUAUUAGAGCCUCAAGGGAGGAGUACCAAAAGGUUUGGUCUGCGAUUACCAUGGUUAGGAGCAUUGGAAAUUGCCCCGUGCUAUUCAACUUAUUGGACCUAAGUGGGAGCAUCAAGGCUUGUAAAAACGCAGCCUUGAAGUGCGAUGAACUGAAAUUUGAACAGUACAAACUUAUAGUUGGGGCUCGUCUCUCAGCUGAUGCUACUCAGCAGAUGCAAAACUGUCUUGAUAAGAUCAAAGUUUUGGAGCACUAAAGUCCUGCAUCCGUGGUGACCUACAGCUCAAUCAUGGUUGUAUGAUAGUUUGUGCCUUUUGAUCUCAAAUUGUUUUCUCUUUCUGAGUAUGUAAACAAUCUUCCUCUCAAUUUUUGAGUACUAUUUGUUUGCUUUUUAUUCAGUUGCCUUAGAAGAGCUUAUGUGUUAUCUGGUCUUACUUUCCAAACUAUGCCAGAAGUUGCUUUACUAUCCUGUUUUACUUCGUUUCGAGUCUGUGAACUUCUUUCUGUUUCUCCUGAAUCCUAUGCCUCAUGGGCUCUAUGUGAGAGAGCUCUAACUUUUAGGCCUUAGGUGACACGUGGAAGAUGGUUUCAAAUUUGAUA